AAUGGUACGGUUUCGAGAAAAAUGUUGGUCCAGAAAAAGGUCUGCUGGUGGUUUUCAGGAGAAGCAAGAUGUUUAUACAGGUAAAUACUACAUUUUUAGUGAAGGUGGCAUGUAUAAGGUGUUUUGUAGAAAGACUGAAACUCAGGAUCAUUUUUAUAUGAUACAUAGGCCUGGUCGACCCCUUGUUUAUGUUGAAAUAAAUCAUUAUCAAUGCAGUGGUGUUACUUCCCUGGAGAAUGAAAUGGAGGAACCAAGUUACUGCAGCAAUUUGACAUAAACUGCUCACUGAUAAUGGUUACAGUUCUUUUGAUUGUAGCCACUAAAUCUUAGUUAGAAUUCCCAGGGUGAUAGCUUUCCCUUGAAAUUAAUUGUGGGAUAUUAGGUGCAUCUAGAUACUGAACAAGUUAGUAAGGUCAAAUUUUACUUAUGAUCUCAUUCUCUAAAGCAGUUUCUGAUACGAUGUUUCCUGCAAUAUACCCAUGCAUGUCUGUUGCAUUUUAUGAGGUACUAUUUUUAAAGGCAUCAGGGUUUUUUAGGUGAUCUGAGUUUUGUGUAUUGUUUUUAUUUUUUCCUUCUGUGCUGUAAAAGUCCAUUUGCUUUAGUUUUGUAGGGCAGGAGGACAGUUUCUUUGCAGUUUCCAUGCUCUUACAGUUUGAGGGGAAGAACCUGCCCAUCUGUCAUGCCAAAACACUGAAAGGUAAAGAUAAGUUCCUAAUGAUUCUGAGAUGAUUGUUUCAGCUUUCACCCUUCAGAAAGAAAACCUAGAGACACUAGAAGCAAUCGGCUUGUUGGCAACUGAACUUGGUGUUCUUCCUUCGGACUUCAGUUACACUGGCAUCAAAGAUAAGAAGGCUAUAACUAUGCAGCCUAUGGUUGUGAAGAAGGUGACUCCUGAGAGGUUGAAAGAAAUUGGAAACAAAAUGGAAAAAAAGGGUAUGAAAAUAUACAACAUCCGUCCAGCAUACCAGCACCUCAGACUUGGUCAGCUGAAGGGCAAUCACUUUGACAUAAUUGUGAGAGAUCUCCAACUCCACAGUCAUGACUCUUCUGCAGAUUUGAAGGAGAGAAUAUCUGAAGCAAUGGAAAGUGUUGAGACAAAAGGUUUUGUGAAUUACUAUGGACCUCAGCGAUUUGGACAAGGACAAAUUGUUCAGACAGAUCAAAUAGGAUUGGCUUUACUGAAUGAAAAAAUGGUGAAAGCUGUGAAAUUAUUUUUCACACCCGAAGAUACUGAUGAUCCUGUAAACAAUGCAAAAAGAUACUUUCUUCAAACUGAAGAUGCAAAGGGCACACUUGUGAUGCUGCCAGAAUUUAAAGUAAGAGAGAAGAUGUUGCUACGAGCUUUAAAUCGCUAUGGUGUAAAUCAUGAAGGCUGUACCAAAGGAUGGCUCAACAUUCCUCACUCCUUGCGCAUAUUCUAUGUUCAUGCUUAUUGCAGUAAAAUCUGGAAUGAAGCAGCAUCAUACAGGCUGAAGACUUAUGGCUCAAAAGUGGUCAAGGGUGAUCUUAUCUUCUUGGAAGAAAAUGAUGGAAGCGUUUCCCUGAAUGACAAGGUUCAUGUAGUCACUGCUUCAGAAGAAUCAGCUAACAAAUACUCUAUAUACCAAGUGGUUCUUCCAAUGGUAGGACAUAGUAUCAAGUAUCCCAGUAAUAAAGUUGGACAAUGGUACCAUGAAAGACUUUCUAAGGAUGAGCUGGAGUUGUGCAAAUUCAGAGUGUCUCCGUUACAGCUGAAUAUACCUGGAUGCUACAGACUCAUUUUGAAAAAUGUUCAGAAUCUCUCAUAUUUUUUGGAAAGUAGUGAAAAAGAGAUCAAAAUUGAGGACAACCAUCUGAAUGAUUUAAAAGUCUCUCUUCAUAUAUCGUUUGACCUUGAUCCUUCAUGUUAUGCAACAGUCUGUCUGAGAGAAAUAAUGAAAUGUGAUUUUUAAGAUUCCACUUAAUGAAAGAUUGCAAGAAUAUUGUACAAUGUUGGUACUUUACAUGUAGUACCAAUAACAUUAGGGAGAAUAACGGGUUCAAGUAAUGAAUAGGAAAUAUUGUACGUUGAGAUUGAUACAUAUAAGGAAAAACAUUACCAAAAUGUUUGGAAUAUUUCAAAAUCAUUCCAAACUAAAUGCAUUGAAUGCAUGGGAGUAAAACUUACACCAGGCAGGUCAAACAGAACUUAAAGAAAUCUUGGGCAGCCAGCAUGAAUUUCCUGUUUGCAUAGACAUCUGGAUUGCAAAGUUAAGUCCUGAAAAAGUAUUUGCACCAAACAAAUUAAUCUUGUAAUUCAUAGUAUUUUUUAAAAGUGUUUUAUACUAAAUGCUAUUCAAGCAAUAAUGUUAUAGAUUUACAGUUAGAUUUCUAACUGAAAAGUUGUUGUACUGAAGUUUCCUAAAUAUCUUAUGUUUCAUCGUGUUCAGGUACUUAGUGUUAAAAGGUAAAAGUCCCGAGUCAACAGUGACAAGUUGUUGGUUGCUUUAUCAGACAUUUGAUGAAUGUCCCAAAUUAAGUUAAUGCUGACAAUUUCAGGAUUCAGUAGUGCAUAGCUGGGAGUGCCUAUUUCAGUAAUCUCUUCAAGAUCAGGCAAGUACUUGAUAUCACUAAAAAAUUUAUAAUAAAACCAAAACUAUAUAACAUUGUUUACAAGAUGCAGACUCUUUCUGUUAAUGUCAAGCCUUAUGGUAGCACAAAAAAUACUAACCAACUUUGGAAAAAAAAACCUUUUAUAUUUUCUUUUUGAUUAAGUAAAAAAAAAAGGCAGCUAACUGUGAUAAAAUGAGUGGAUUUUUGAAAAAAGGGGAGAACAAAAAAUGCAUCAUUUACCUUGCCCAUUUGCCACUGUACCACAAUAUUUGUGAAACUAGGUUAGGACAUUGUGGUUUGCAUGGAUGGACAACCAGAUGAGUUAAAAUGUGAUGUGAUGAUGAGGCUCAGAGAGUAGUGAUUAAGGGGUCACACCCUCCCUGGAGUGAGUGUCUUCUGGGCCCCAUCCUGUUUUGUGUCUUUGUCAGUGGCUGAAGGAGUGGAUAGAAUUCACCUUCAUUGAAUCUGCAGAUGCCACC